CGGCAUGUAUAUCUUGACGGCGUCUAUCAGAUUGUAUAUCCUCUGGUUUGAACCAGCAUGUCAGAUAUCGUAGCUGCAAACCGCGAUCGCCUCCUCCAAGCUGCAGUCGAAGCAAAGGCAUUCGCAUACGCGCCUUACUCUAAGUUCCGAGUUGGAGCUGCUCUUCUCACCGAGGACGGCGAAAUUAUCAAGGGUGCUAACAUCGAGAACGCCUCGUAUGGUGGUACGAUCUGUGCAGAGCGCACUGCGUUCGUAAAGGCAGCGAGUGAAGGCAAGCGUAAGUUUGCAGCACUUGCUGUCACGACCGACGUCGCCUCGCCAAUCGCACCUUGUGGGAUGUGUCGCCAAGUGAUUCGUGAAUUUUGUUCUCUGGACAUGCCCAUCCUGCUGGCUGCAUCUUCCUACAUGGAGAAGAAAGAUGGAGUGAAAGAGCUUACUCUUGAGGAGUUGCUUCCAUAUAGUUUCGGACCUGAAGACUUGGACAGAGACCGUGCUCCUCCUGCUUGAAUCCAUAGUCAUAUGCACCCAAUGUAAGAAUACCGUUAUCGAGUACUUACAUUGUGCAUGUCCUCCCGAAAUAGGUCUAAAUGGGAUACAACUAGUUGAGUGGCUGUGAAAAGUAUACCGAAUUUUAUCACGUGAUGGCUGCGGGGGAGUAGGGGAUAGAGUAAGU